GCUAAGUGCCACUCUUACAGAGACAGCAGUACCACAGGAGGACAGCUUGGGCCUUUCAGCUCUGCGACAAACACAAGAGACAAAGCUGCAGCCAUGAACUCCAUCGCACGUCAACAGAAAUACACCCCAGAGCUCAAAAAAUCCAAGUCGAGGCAGAUCAUCAACCACUUCACAGAUGUGCACGGUCUGCCUUGCAUUGAGAAGAUUGUUAGGUCAGUGGAAGACACACCCAAUCCUAUCAACACCAACAUCAUCGGCAGAAUCCCAGAAUGGAUCGAGGGGAGCUUCUUGAGAAAUGGGCCUGGGAAGUUUGAGAUCGGAAACAACAGGUUCAACCACUGGUUUGACGGUAUGGCUCUCCUGCACCAGUUCAAAAUAUCUAACAGUCAGGUGACUUACAGAAGCCGCUUCCUGUCCAGUGACAGUUACAAAGCCAACAAGGAGUGCAACCGCAUUGCUGUGUCAGAGUUCGGGACUGUCACCAUGCCCGACCCCUGCAAAAACUUUUUCCAGCGCUUCCUGUCAAAGUUCGAGUUACCAAAAUCUUCAGACAAUGCCAACGUGAGCUUUGUGACCUACAAAGGUGAUUACUAUGUCAGCACGGAAACCAAUGUCAUGCACAGGGUCAAUCCUGAGACACUUGAGACAACCAAAAAGGUGAACUGGAGCAAAUUCAUUGCUGUGAAUGGAGCCACCGCACACCCACACACUGAGCCUGAUGGAACAACGUACAACAUGGGGAAUUCCUACACCACCAAAGGAGCCUCCUACAACAUCAUCCGGGUGCCACCAACCAAGAAAGAAGCAGACGAGACCCUGGAGGGAGCCACAGUGCUGUGCUCGAUUCCCUCAGUGGACAAGUCUAAACCCUCCUACUACCACAGCUUUGCAAUGUCUGAGAACUACGUGGUGUUCAUUGAGCAGCCCAUCAAGAUGGACCUAGUAAAGAUUGUGACAGGCAAGCUGAGAGCAAAAAGCAUCAGUGACGGCUUUUUCUGGGACCCAAGCCUCAACACUAUCUUCCACUUGAUUCACAAGCAGACAGGGAAGGUAAGCUCGGUCAAGUAUCUUGCCAAGCCGUUGUCAACCUUCCACCAGAUCAACGCUUACGAGGAGGACGGCUUCCUGAUCAUAGAUAUGUGUGCUUCAGAUGAUGGACAGGCAAUCAAUAACUACAACCUCCAGAAUCUGCGAAAGUCUGGAGAAGCUCUUGAUGAGGUGUAUAACACAUUAUGUAGAGCGUUCCCACGGCGCUUCGUGCUGCCUCUCAAUGUGGACCAUGACACACCCUAUGAGCUGAACUUGAACCGGCCCAACACCACAGCCACUUCUGUAAGGACUGGGAAGCAAAAGGUGUUCUGUACGCAUGAGGACCUCCACGGGGACGAUCUUCAUGAAUAUGGUGGUAUGGAGUUCCCUCAGAUCUACUAUGGCAAGUACAACACCCACCCCUACCGUUACUUCUAUGGCUGCGGCUUCAGACACCUUGUAGGAGAUUCACUGAUCAAGAUGGACCUACAGGGGAAACACAUGAAGGUCUGGGAACAACCUGGUCUAUAUCCGUCUGAGCCAGUUUUCGUCCCUGCCCCUAAUGCCACAGAGGAGGAUGACGGUGUCAUCAUGUCUGUUAUCAUCACCCCAAACCAGGACAAGAGUACAUUCCUCCUGGUUUUGGAUGCCAAGACAUUUGAGGAGCUGGGCCGUGCUGUUGUGCCUGUCAACAUCCCCUAUGGUUUCCAUGGGACAUUCAAUGCCACAGCAUAGACAUGUGAGGAGGAAACAAUACACCUGAACUCACAUGAAUAGAGAGAAGUCGUGGCAGAUGUUAUAAUAAUAAUAAUAAGUGAAUAUUGGCUUUUUAAGUUUUGUCUGUCUCUUCAUACAUGCAAAUCUUGAGCUCUCGACACAGGGCUAAAUGCAUAGUUUGCUUGGAUUAUUCUAUUUUUUUUUUUUUCAAAGUGCAGUCAUAGCCAUAGUUAUUACUAUUGAUGUUGCCAUGUGUCACAAUACAUUUACAUGUACUGAUUAGGAUGAGUCUUAUCUUUUAUGCUAGGGUUGUUGAGGUGAGAUGAGUCUUCAAGAAGCUCUUGAAGAUAGAGAGAGAAUUUGAAAGCUUGUUCCACCACCUGGGAACCACAAACAAGAACAGUCCGGACUCGAGCAUCAGUGUCGGCAAGCAUUAGUCCAUGAAUUUGAAUUUGAAUGGAGGUCGGUGAGCAGCGGAGGGACGCCCUUUUAGACUGAAUGAAGACCAGACACAGGGGUGCCUUCUGGACCAUCUGUAAGGGUUUCACAGAUGGGGGGCCCACAAGAGAGGCACUGCAGUAUCUGAGGUGAGAAAUUACCAUGGGCUGUACCAAUACAGGCAUACUGAGUCAAGCCCUGAGCUGCAGCUCUAGCUGCCCUAGAUAAGAAGAGAGACAACCGAUAGUUCGGUUGACUGCUUGAGUUUAACUUGAGAGAAGGCUUUUUGAGCAGAGAUGUUACAUGAGCCAGUUUAAAGCCAGUGAAGCAUUGAGUGCUGGCACAAUGGUGGGAACACGGAGGGAUUGUCGGGUUCAGAGAAUUGCUUACUGGUGGCUGCCACCUGUUGAGUAAAGGUGGCAAAAAUAUCAGCUGAGAAGUUAGUGUGUGGUAGGUGGUGGAGGAUUGAUUAAUGUUUCUAUGGUGUCUUGGGCACUGCUGAUCUUAUCAUCAUAAAAAGCAGUUCUGGUAGCACUGGUACUGGGUGAGAAUGAAGUUGAUAACCCUUGAGAUCAGCAGGGUGUCUUUUCUCUCAGCAGCUGUGAGAUCGAACGUUAUAGUAUUCAGAGAGCUGCUGCUGUAUAACUGUUAGGCACAGUUUUGGAUGAGAAUGACGUCAAGUUCUUUACCUGCUUUGCGCGCUGGAGGGGAAAACCACCAGUCCCCAUGACAGAAUGGCACUCAAAAGAGGUGCCUUUGUUUGGAGGCAACAGUUGAAUGAAUUUCAAUGUAUUGGAUAUUAGGAGACAUGUUUUGAGGCGAGACAGGAGGUAUGGGAGAAUGUGAGGUUAGUGGAGAGCACCGUCGGUGUACUGUAGCAGGGCCUUCUGGUUUGAUCCAGCUAUGUCUUGUGCCAGAAGCUGAUAUAGCUCAUGCUGCAUGAGCCCCGUUCAUAUAGCAUGAGCUAUACGUUCACGUCAGGACUACAGCUGAGUACACCUUCAGGAUUAGCAGCACAAACUACAGCCUCCACACGGCACACAUGCUUGUCCAGAUUUUUGGGGUGCAGUGUUCAUUUAUGUAUUAAUGCUCGUUCUCAAUGAUUCAUACAAAAGAAUUAUUGAAAACUUGAAUAUUGAAUGUUAUACAUAGAAAUGUGGACUGAAAAUAUUGAAAAUGUAAUUGCUUUAAAUACUUUAAGCCAUUUAAUAUUUUUUUUUAAAUUUCAAUUCCAAUUCAUUUACAGUGAAAGAUAAGGGGUCUGGUUAGCUAAAAAAAAAAAAAUGGGUGGGUUGGGGUGGGGGGUUGUAUUCCUGGUAGUCUAUACACACACUUUGACUGAAUUUUAUUUUUUACACAAAAUAAAAAGGUGAGUCUUAGUUCAAGGUCACCAAAGUCAUCCAAUUGUGUAAGAACAAGAAACACAAUUCAGGACAAGGCCCAUAUGUUGGAGUAAGAAAAUGAAUGAAGUAAUGAAUGACUUAAAUAAUGUGCAUUUCCUAAUACAUGAAUUAUACCCUCUGAAUAAAAACCUCCACUUUAA